AUGGGAUAUCUUUCACAUAAUGCCACAGCAGAGGAAGCCCGUACUACUGCGGGAAUGGGUCUUGCGGAAUGGGGCCGAUUUCUUGCUAUAACCCGAGAAGAGGGACGAGCUAUUGCCGAGGCGCAUCCAACAUGGUCGUGGGCUGACGUACCUGCAAGAGAGAAAGCAAAUGUGCAUGCGCGCGUUAAUGCUCAGCUCUUAGAGGAAGGUGCACCACAGGUUGGCGAGGACAUUAUUCGAUGGCGGAUGGCGAUCAGCGUUCGAGCUUUUCUAAAUCUAAAGAGUAUAUACUCUUUCUUUCUCUCUCUAUAA